AUGUCAACAAUUCGCAUUUUUCUGCUUAUUCUCAUUCCUUAUGGAUUCUCGAUUCUUCUCGCAUCGGAAGCCUGUGCCAUUCCUAAUCCUCAACAGGACCCUGUCAAACUUGGAGACGUUCCAGUUCCUGGAGCAGAUUUCGUGAUUCUGAAAAACAACUCAACUACCAAUGAAACUAAAACACCACCAAUUAGCAGUUCUGUCGAGCAAGGAACUCCGGAAGAAAGUUCCAACUACCGUUACCAACCAAUAACAAUUUUCUCUGCAAUUUUCACUUUGAUUCUUUGUAAAAUUAUUUGA